CAAACAGAAGUUAGCAGUAUUUAAAAAUGGCCGCGAUAUCGCGUGUGGGAUGUUAGAAACCAGCUUCGUUGCUGUCAAAGUGAAGUAGACAAUUGACAUAUAUCAUCGCGGCGAAACACGUCAAUGGCCUGUCUUAUUUAUAGUACUCUCUCGAUCGAAUCUGCCAAGAAUUUUGACGUAAGAUCAACCGGAUGCGAUUUCGCCUCGAGAUAUUACGAGCAUCACGAGUAGUAGUCACACGUUUUCGUCGUCGUGCUGAUUUAUUCCUUUUGUCGGGAACGUAAGAUUGUUUUUGCGUCAUUCGCACCUUCUUUCUCGCAUAUUCAGUCCAGGUAAAUAGAUUUAAAAGCGCAGAUCUAGAAGAUAUUCAAUUCAGAAACCGCGAUUGGCGCGGUUAUCUUGAUUGACAGCUAACCUGUCAAAGUCGAGAAUCCGAGAGUCGCGGAAUUUGAAUAGCGCGUAGCUUUUGUAAGGGAAAGGGAAGAGAACGGCGAUGUCUCCCGGGAUUAACGGCGGCGGUACCCGCAAUACGGGCACCCUGCCGAAAAGCAAUCGAAGGAACGAUAGAAACCGAGAGCAGUCCGCCGUUAAUCAGCAGCUCGCAAACCGCUCGCAGGCCGCUUAUCACGGCCAUCCGCAGCAUUUUAACAAUUUGUUUCACCUGAGCUGGCAAACAGUGAGUGAGCGUGAACGUGAACCAAGAGUAUCAAGAGCUGCGAAGAAUAGCAACACGAGAUCAACUUCCUCUCUAUUGCCUUCUUCAUAUUUUCCAACAUAUCAAGACUUAUCUGAAUUUGCAUCGCAUAGCUCAGGGAGUCAGUGCAAUUAUAGUACAGAAGAAUACCCUCCUCCUUGGCUAAAAAUGGUACCACCUAUUGAUCCUAGAACUCAAUCACCACCACGAUUACCACAAGAAACUAAGCCUUCCAAUGUGAAUAAGAUGCCUGACAGAAACGACGUAGAGAGUCGUUUAAAUCAGCUCAGGGACUAUAUUAAAAUCACUGGAACAAUGAUGGAAUCACUUAGUCAAUCAUCUGAUCUUCGUGCACAGGUCCAGAAAGAAAAAUUAAGUAGGAUGGUGGAGGAUCUUCAAGAUAGCGAGACAAAGCUAUCCAAAUUAUUGGAACAAUAUCAUAAUCAUGGAGUUUCUGAUGAGAAUGGUGAAAACGGACGAGAGGACGUAGAUGAAGGCGGUGAUGCUAAUAGAGAGAUGCGAUUACGGAGGAAUUUAGAAGACUAUCAGAACAAACUUACACAAUUGCAAGAGCAUCAAGCUAACUUGAUGGGUAUGCAAAUCCGCGUCAGAGAAAGAUUGAACGAGGCACGUCAAGCGCAACAAUUACUUCUGCAAGAAGAUCAAAAUGCAUCUAAUUCGGCUACAUGGGAAGACAAUCGCGCGUCUUCAUCGGAUCCGGGGAAAGUCGAACAACUCGAAUCGCAAACGGCAGUGCUAAAAGGGAAGUUAGCGCAACUUCAAACAAAAAAGAAACAUAUGGAUCAUCUUGUGGCGGAAUUACAAGCCCUAGAGGCAGCUGACAGAGGCAAUUGUCUUCUUGAAGGCUCAAGAAAUACAACUAGAGAUAAAGCCGCGGAAUUAGAGGCUAUGAAAGCGCAGCUCGCGCAUAUAAAAGCUCUAAUGGAAGACGGCACAAGAAUUCGCGACUCUAUGGAUUCUACUUCCGAACUUGAACAAGACAUUGAUAUGAACUGUGAAGGUGCAGCAGAUAUUGGGAUUACCGAGGAUGUGGCGAACACUUCAUUUGAAUGUCGAAGCGAUAGUGAUGACGCCGGAAAAAUUCGAAACUUUAUGCCUACACUUGAAGAUAUACAGAACGUAACACGAGAGCUUAAAGAACAAUCAGCUUUGCUUCAAGCCACGCGAGCUGAAUUACAUCGUUUAAAGCAACCAUUAUUAACAUUACCAGCUACCCAGGUAACUUCUGCUUCCUCCUUUUCAUCUUCAAGCCCGCCUCCAACGCUUAUACCUUUAAAUGCAAGCGAAAAGAAGCAGAGUAAUAAUGUUAGUACAGAAACUCAACCCAUGCAAGCAAAAAAACGUCAACUGGAAGAUUUGAUAAGAAAGGAACAAAUGCAGCCGUCCAAUGCAAAUCGGGAUGUUCAAGUGCCAGAUCACAAUAGUCAAAGAAGCUCAGCUUCACAAGCUAGUUAUACCAGCACACCUGCAAAUAUCUGGCCACCUUCUACUGCUACAGGUGGAGGAGGUUCUAACGAGCAAAGUGUGGAUGGUGUAUCUACAUCAGAAAAUUUAUUGGAUAUUGGUCCACAAAUUACUGCUAUUGAGAAUGGUGCAUUCAACAAUAAUUGGUGGGCUUGUCCUGUACCAGCUGCGUCUAACUUAAAUCAAGGACAAGCUUCAGCCGAAUAUUACCGACAAUUAUUAUUGGGUUCGCAAGCUCAACAACUGCAAAUGAUGGGUACAACAGUACAACAGUGCUGUCAACUUCUGUGGGCGCAGCAACGCGAGUUACAAUCGAUGCGUGCCGCUAUUUCUCAACUGCAAUUACAAGUGAGAUCGCAAAAUGAGGUACCGCAGCGCGCCAACAAUACCGAAAGUCAGGAAGAAUAUUCUAAUCUGAGCCGUAGUGUUCACAAUCUCGGCGAUACAUUGGACGCGACUUUGCCUCCUAGUUCGUCUUUACCAAAUCUUGUGUCGCUACCUAAUUCUUCGACAGCAUUAUCGCAAACUCCGAUAGUUACUUCUAACUCACAGCAACAACAGCAACAACAGUUGAACAAUCAAGUACCUCCUGGUAAUAGAGCAAACAACUACUGGGACAAUUUUCGAAGUUAUUCCCGGCAAAAUCUACUCUCAGGAAAUGUAAAAACAAUGACUGAUUCUCCAGUAGUUAUAGCAAACUCGGCAUGUUCUGCAAACACGACUAAUGCAAGUGGAAGUAGUGUCAACAGUUCACUGAUAAAAGACAAACGAAAUAGAGAACAAGGAGCUGAAAAUUUACCUUUAAUCGGCGCAGAAACACAAUAUUCAUUAAACCUCCAAUUAUCGUCGAAUUUACAACAACAAGACAGAGAAAAUGCUACUAGUCGUAGUAAUAUCAUAGCAAAUGAGAUGUCUCAACAAGUUGAUAAUCUUUGGGAGGAAGCUCAUAGUUCUUUCCGAUUAACAUCUACAACAAAUGACGAUAACAUCUUUAAUAAUCUCAGUUCAGAGAUGAAAGAGGCAAUCAGUUCGCUCAUCGCAGUGAAUAAAAGACGACCAGAUUUUCUAGUAAUUAUUUUGAGAGAAAUUAAGACUAUUAGUGAAGACCACAGACUGCGAUCUCAAUUGCUAAAAUCACUACGUGCUCUACAAGAUACACAAACAUUAAAUAAUCCAUUGAACGAGGCAGCUGACUUAACGCCAAGUGAAAGUUGUCAAUCUAGCGACGAAGAUUCGGAUGGCGGUGCUAUUUUGGGCUUCGGUUUGGAAAAUCAAUCGUCUGUGACCGAAUUAGUUACAUCUCAUGUAGACACUACUUCUCCAGCUUCAUCUCAAGUACCAUUACUAGACCAUUUGGAAGUAUCGGGAACAUUCUCACUCGACUGUGCAAGUGCUCUCCCUUCCACUUCUAAUGCUAAGCCUGGUUAUAAUGAAGAUUUAGCAGAAGCUGAUCAAUCAAGACCUGAAUCUUCAGGAAAUCAAAAGCCUGCUGUUAGCGACGAAAAUAAUGAAAAAGAGCAAGAAGAAGCAGCAGCUUAUCCAAUUGGUGCAGAAGCAAUUACCCCUGAUUUUGAAAGUCACGCUGCUAAAACUGAAGAUGAAAGAGCAGAUGAUACUGAACUUGAUACAUUUAUUACUAGAUUACAUCAUUAAUUUUGAUAUAUUUUUAAAAUAAUUAUUUAAAAUUAUUUUUUUCAAUACAGUAGUAUAAAAAACAGAAAUGUAUCUUGAUCACUUAUAAGAUGUUGGUUUACUAUUUCCAACUACUUAAAAAAAACUCAACUAAUAAAUAAGAAAAUUGAUAA